AGUUGAAACUAUAGAGAUCGCAACCCACGAGAAAUAGACAAAUUGAAGAACCUAAAUACACGGCUAACAAGAGUAAGAAAAAAAAAAAAGUGUUGUCGUCUUUGCUCACACCACCAUUUCUAGAGCGAGAAAAAAUCACCCACUAUUUAGGAGAGAGAAAGCUCAUAGAUCCACCCAUGGCUUCCCGUGAAAAUUUUGUCUACAUCGCCAAGCUCGCUGAACAAGCCGAGCGCUAUGAAGAAAUGGUGGAUGCGAUGAAGAAUGUGGCGAAGCUUAACGUUGAAUUAACCGUUGAAGAGAGGAACCUUCUUUCAGUUGGGUACAAGAACGUGGUUGGUUCGCGCAGGGCUUCGUGGAGGAUCCUUUCCUCCAUUGAGCAGAAGGAGGAAGCUAAAGGGAACAAUGUCAGUGUUCAGCGCAUAAAGGACUACAGGAAGAAAGUGGAAUCUGAGUUGUCAAACAUUUGCAGUGAUAUCAUGGAUGUUAUUGAUAAUCAUCUUAUUCCCAUGGCCGCUGGUGAAUCCAGUGUGUUUUUCAACAAAAUGAAAGGUGACUAUUACCGGUAUCUUGCCGAGUUUAAGGCCGGAGAUGAGAGAAAAGAGGCUGCUGAUCAGUCCAUGAAAGCAUAUCAGGAAGCUUCCUCCAUAGCAGACACUGAAUUACCACCCACUCACCCCAUAAGAUUGGGUUUGGCUUUGAAUUUCUCUGUUUUCUACUACGAAAUCUUGAACUCUCCUGAAAGGGCCUGUCACCUUGCUAAACAGGCUUUUGAUUUAGCGAUCUCUGAGUUGGAUACUCUGAGUGAGGAGUCUUACAAAGACAGCACACUAAUUAUGCAGCUUCUGAGGGACAACCUCACCUUGUGGACUUCUGACAUCCCUGAAGAUGGAGCCGAGGAACAAAAGGUGGAAUCUGCCCGAGCUCCAGGAGGUGAAGCUGCAGAGUAAAGUGAUGCGGGUGUUACUGGCUAGGGAUUUGUGUUGUGAAUGCAGCUUUUGGUGUUUCUUUGCCUCACCUUUUCAUGUCUUUUUCCUGCUUUCUCGAUGGAGAAAUUUCAUAGUUCACCAUUAAGAUGGUGUAAUAUAACAUCAAGUUAGUUUCUAGAUAAUUGAACAAUGGAAUGCGGGAUUGUCACCGUCGCAUUAGGUUCUGUGCAUGUCUUUCUGCCACUGAGGACUUGUGAUGCAUGUUAUUUUUCUGCUGUUUAGUUUGAUGCUUCGAUUUUACUUAUAUCUAUCCAAAAAUAGCCUUCUCAUAAAUAAUAUUUUAUUUGAACUUGUGAAA